AAUGAAUUAUAACGUUUACAAUGAUCACCCUUUAUAGAGGGGGAUGAAGUAGGGAGCAAGAAAUACAUAAUAUACACCUAAAAAUAUACACACUCUAUAUGGAAAUAAAUCCCAUGAUAUCCUCUUAAUUUGAUUUGCUCGUAUAUUCUAACAUAUUCUAACACUCCCCCUCAAGUUAAGUCACGGGAUUUUCGAUACUUAACUUGCCAAGCACUUCAUAGAAAUCCUUUGCUCCCACUGUUUUAGUCAGAAUAUCAGCUGACUGAUCUUCAGAGCGAGCAAAAGGAAAUUCAACAAUACCAUAUUCAAUACUUUCCUUGAUGAAAUGUCUGUCCACUUCAACGUGCUUUGUUCGAUCAUAUUGGACUGGAUUUUCUGCAAUACUGAUUGGUGCCUUGUUAUCACAGAAUAAUUGACAAGUGUAUUGUGACACAAGUCCUAAUUCACUCAUCAACCCUCUAAGCCACAAUACUUCCGUUAAACCGUUCCUAAUGCCCCUGAACUCAGCUUCAGCACUUGAUAAUGCCACAUCCUUUUGUUUCUUACUUUUCCACGUGACAAGGUUUCCCCCUACAAAGGUAAAGUACCCUGAGGUUGAUCUUCUAUCCAUCGGGUUUCCAGCCCAGUCAGCGUCUGUGUAUCCAUGAACUUCAAAGUGUCCAUUUUUCUUGAACAUUAUUCCAUGAUCAAAAGUCCUCUUCAAAUAUCUGACAAUUCUUAAUGCCGCUUCAAGGUGAUCAUUUUGCGGGCGAUGCGUAAACUGACUAACCACACUAACUGCAUAAGCUAUGUCGGGUCUGGUGUGAGAUAGGUAAAUCAACUUACCUACUAGUCCGUUUAUGAACUAAUUUCACAAUACCUCUAAUAUUUUUUGUUAUCUGUUUUUCUUUGAGACAGAGAAGGUAUUAGUAAUAUUAAUUUAAACAGGAAGCUGAAUGGUGAUGAGUAAGAAAGGAGAAGUGGUGUGUGUGACCGGAGCCAGCGGCUUCAUUGGCUCAUGGCUCGUCCACCUUCUCCUCGCCCGCGGCUACGUUGUCCGCGCCACCGUCAAAGAUCUAGGAGACGAGAGAGAAACGAAGCACUUGGAAGCCAUGGAGGGAGCUGAAUCACGCCUUCGCCUCUUCCAGAUUGAUCUGCUUGAUUACGACUCCAUUUUUGCCGCAGUCAACAGCUCCACUGGCGUCUUCCACCUCGCUUCCCCUUGUAUCGUCCAUCAAAUCCAAGAUGUUCAGGGGGAGCUGCUGGACCCAGCAAUUAAGGGGACCAUAAAUGUACUAAAAGCAGCAAAGAAUGCGGGCGUUGGGCGCGUGGUUGUGACAUCUUCUAUAUCUGCCAUGAUCCCAACUGCCAAUCAUCUGGGAGACGCCGGUGAAGGCUGCUGGAUUGAUGAGGAUUACUGCCGCCAAAAACGGGGUAACUCAGCAUUUAUGUACUCUGUGUCUAAAGCGGCCGCUGAGAAAGCUGCAUGGCGAUUGGCGGAGGAAGAUGGCGUAGACGUAGUGGUGCUGAAUCCAGGAGUGGUGGUUGGCCCUAUACUCCCCCCACUCUUAAACACUAGCAUGACACUCAUCCUUGACAUACUUCAGGGCAAAGAAUUUCCAGAACACCUGUUUAUGGCAUUAGUACAUGUGAAAGAUGUUGCUCUUGCUCACCUAGUCUUGUAUGAGAACACAUCUGCUGCUGGAAGGCAUCUCUGUGUCGAAUCUUUGUCUCGUUAUGACCGCUUUGCCCAACAUAUGGAGAGGCUAUACCCUCAAUACAAGCUGCCCAGGUUUCAUGGGAAAAAUGGACCACUCAAGUCCAAUGCUGCAUCCAAGAAGCUCAUAGAUCUGGGCUUCCAAUUUACUCCCAUGGACCAGAUUGUUAAGGAUUCUAUUCAAACUUUGAGGACCAAAGGAUUUCUUUCUUGAAAAAACUAAUUACUUGUGGGCUUUCCUUUUGAUUCAUACUUGUGCCAACACAACAACUAUGUGCCUGUUGAUGUAAAUUUAAUCACAUUGGGCUGCUGUGCUAAUAAAUUGGAGUAUUUGAUCUCUA